UUAUUCUAUUUGCCUGUACCUCACCCAGAUCACAUUGCCUCCUACGCCAGCACAGUCAUCGAGUGCAAUCCGCCUCCAGCCAUUGACGCCUACACAUUGCCCUCGCCCCCAAACACCCCCGCCAACCGCUCGCGCAUGAGCAGCGGUCACACCGAGCCCCCAACGGUCGUGGUCCCGCCCCUGAACGACUUUAUCCGUCUCCUGGUCAUCAACUCGAAUGUCCAGGCUUCCACUCUGCUUCCCACGCUCGUCUACCUCGAGCGUCUGAAAUACAAGCUGCCAGUAGCUGCCAAGGGGAUGCACUGCACAUGCCAUCGUGUCUUCCUUGCCACGCUUAUUGUCGCCGCGAAAUACCUGAACGACCAGUCACCCAAGAACAAGCACUGGUCCGCACACUCCAACGUCUUCUCGGUUGGAGAGGUCAACCUGAUGGAGAAGCAAUUGCUCUCACUCCUCGAUUUUGAUCUGCGCAUCACUGAGGAAGACCUUGCCUCAAGUCUCCAGGGCUUCCUA